CUAUAGAAGCGGAGCAGCGGAGCCUCCUGACGGAGCUGCACUGAGCCUCCUGACGGAGAUGCACUGAGCCUCCUCACGGAGCUGCACUGAGCCUCCUCACGGAGCCGCACUGGAUGCCGCAGCUGGUACACAUGUUCCGUUCAGCCCCGCACAGCCCGGGACACGCUGCUGCGUCCUCACCGGGUCAGACCACGGAGAACGGACUGCAGGAGGAGGAGGAGGAGGAGGAGGAAGGAGACCUGGACGAUGAGGUGGACGCGUCUCGUCUGGAGAAGUUCAUGAGGGACCGGAGGAGAGCGCGCUCGCUGCCCGCGUACCCGGCGGCGCUGCUGGGCUGCGGUCCCGGCAGCGCGGAGAGGAAGCGGGUCAAGUUCGCGGACUCCAUGGGUCUGAACCUGGCGAGCGUCAAACACUUCAGCGCGCAGGAGGAGCCGCAGAUCCCGAGCAAAGUCCUGUCCCGGUACCGGACCUUCCCGCCGCCGCAGGACCUGCUGUACCAGGACCCGGGUCGCCUGGUCACCUGCUUCCUGGAGCCGAGGGACCCGGAGCGCAGAGUCCAGCAGCUGCGCGUGUGUCUGGAGAAAAUCUGGAUCAACCGCUUCGAUGUUCGGGGGCAGAUCCGGGUCCUGAGCCGCGGGUCCCGCACUGAGGUCGGGCUCCGGUACACGUUCAACGACUGGCUGUCUCACGUGGACGCGCAGGCUCUGUGCGCGUCCGCGGAGGAUCAGCCGGGUUCGGUGGGAGAGCGGUUCUGCUUCACGGUGUUCACGCCCCCCUUCAUGGACUCAGGCUCCGCCCUGACCUUUGCCCUCUACCUGAGGAGCGAGGACGGAGAGUUCUGGGACAACAACGACGGUCACAACUACACGCUCAGGUACCGCUGUCCGCACAGUAGCGCCCCCUUUGGCAGCGCCGGGUUUCACGACAUCUGAGCGCCGCAAAAAUCCCGUGUCCCCCGUGCGUAAACUCCUGUCCACCUGUCCACCUGUCCUUCUGUUCGUCUGUCCUGCUGCCGCCGCCUUGUUCUCAAAUGCACAGCAUUAGAUUUUUUCAGUUAGUGAUCAGUGAUCGGUUAGAGACUUUUUUCUAAACCGGAAGUACUUCGUCACGCACGUGCCCUGCAGACAGAACUCAGUUUGGACAAAAACAACAGAAACUUCCUGGAUUAUUUUGCUUCUUCUCUGACUUUUAUCAUCUUUAGCACUUAUUUCUGUCUCUGCUGCAAAACUAACUUUUAGAAUAAUUAAAGUUAAUUUACUUAAAGGGACAGUCACUCUUUUUUGUGUAAAAACUAAAACGGCUGUGAGGAAAGUUUAAGUCUGUGAUAUCUUUGAGAACAUGUUCACGUCUUUGUCUCACUGUGAGACAGACUUAUGUAAACCACUCACUCUCCCACACCAAAGCCCAGAGAGAAAAGCAGUGAUUUUAACAUCACAUACACAGGAGUAGUUGAUCCACUGCUGAGUUCAAAAGUCUUAUUUUGUAUUAUUCUGCAUUUGAAAUCCCUGACUCAGAUUCACUACAGUGACACAAAGUGAGCACACGAGGCAGCUCCUGUGUCCCUGCCUUAAAUCACUGCUUUUCUCUGAGGUUUGGUGCAGGGAGAGUUUGCCUCUGCAUCUCUUUGUGAUAAGAAACAGAUCAGACAGUAAAACAGCUAAUAAACAAAGACACUUUAUAAAAGUUUAUUAUAUUAUAAGUCAAUAAAGUUUUGAUCUGUCACUUUCA